AUGAGGAUACAACUGAAAAAUGAGGAGCGACAAGCUAUUGCAGAAUGGCUUUUGAAGGAAAUUAAUGGAGGAAAACUAAAACGCAUAGUUGGGAGAAAACGAGUCCACAUUGACGUUAAUCUGGUAAAGGAAAACCCUUUUUGUCGUCAAAGAAAUAUUCGAUCUCUGGCUUGUGCUAUAAAUAUGUCAUCAUCAACAGUUCAUCGGCAUGUCAAAGAAGGAGCUAUUAGGUCACAUACUAAUGCCAUAAAGCCUCAUCUAACAGAGGCAAAUAAGAAAGCAAGAGUUCAAUUCUAUCUAUCAAUGAUUGCAUCUGGUACACUCCAUUCAAAUUCUAUGUUUAUUGAUAUGUAUAAUUAUGUUCAUAUAGAUGAAAAAUGGUUUCUUCUAACCAAAAAAUCUGCAAAGUUCUACCUUCUUCCAGAAGAAGAAGAGCCAAACCCAUAUAGAUCUUGCAAAAGUAACAAUUACAUAACAAAAGUUAUGUUUAAGAGUGCUGUUGCGCGACCUAGGUUUGAUGAAGAUGGAGUUGAGUUAUUUUCUGGAAUAAUAGGCACCUUUCCUUUUAUAGUCACGGAACCAGCAAAAAGGAAUAGCAAAAAUAGAGUUGCUGGAACUUUAGAAACUAAGCCUAUUUUAUGUUUCACUAAAGAUGUCACUAGGAUUUGCUUAAUUGAAAAGGUUCUUCCGGCGAUUAGAUUAAAGUGGCCACUUUCGGAUUCAAAUUCUCCUAUUUUUAUUCAACAAAAUAAUGCAAUACCUCAUCUUAGUAUUGAUGACUUUGAAUUUAACGAAGCUGCUCGACAAGAUGGAUUUGAUAUUAGGCUAUGUUUUCAACCUCCUAAUAGUCCUGAUCUAAAUGUUUUGGAUUUUGGAUUCUUUAGAGCUAUCCAAUCCCUUCAACAUACUAUGGCACCUACAAAUAUUGAUGAGUUAAUAAGUGUAGUUGAGAAAUCUUUUAAUGAGAUGGAAGUUGAACGGUUGAAACAUAUGUUUCUAACUCUACAAUCUUGCAUGGUCGAGGUGAUGAAAGAUAAAGGCAUGGGGACUGUUUCAAGAAAGGAAGAGAAGCUUGCUCCAUUUAUGCACUUUGAGGACUUGUGA